AUGCCGAGAACUUUGAAACUACUCCCGACUGAAAUUUUGGAUGAGGCUCUUGAUUUUAAUCUUUAUGAUGAAAUUGGUAAACUCAUACCUCCGUCCAGUGGUAUAUGGAGAGAAAUUAGUAAACGCCUUAGUAAUCAAAUUACUCCAAAACAUUUAUGGGUAAUGUUUCAUGGAAAUCGAUAUAAGUUGAAAAAUUUGUAUUUCGAAGCUAAAGGACUCUUCAUUCAAGAAGAAAUUAUUGAACCGAAGGAAACCGAAAUAAACACUGGUGAUAUAAAUAAUACGUCUACAGAAUCCGUUGCUUACGAUGUUGAUAAGUACGAAGAGGAAAUUUUAGCGGAGGCUUUCGUAAAAGAUGCUACUAAGAAUAAAUUGACAGAGAUACAAAAAAUUCAAGCAGAAGCACUUCAAGAAUGUGGUGUCCAAGGAAGUCGCCUUAAUGCAUAUUACUUACCAAAUUUUGCUCAAGAUUUGUUAAGAAUAUGUAAACACUUCGUAAUGUGGACAGGAGUUUUAUCUUCGAAGUAUAUGGCGACUGUAACUGCAUCGUCAUCGUAUGUGGAAAGUUACUUCAACGAUUUGAAGAAUUCUGUUCUCAAGAACGAGAACUUACCUAUUCGAGCUGACAAGUUCUUUGUUCACCACGUACGAUCUAUUGAAGGGACCGAUCUUGAUCAUUUAAACGAAGUUGAAAAUUGGAAGGGAAAAGCAGCGCAAAAAAUCAAAACGAAUAAAUAUUUACAAAAAUGUCCUGGAAUGACAUCAAUUGAAGGCAAACCAAUAACAAUUAGUUCAAAAAAAUUGUUAUUAAGAAAUGGGAGUAUUCUACCUUCUUUAGUAAUAAAUGGCAUGAAAAUACAGCUUGUCGCUGCCAUUACAAAUUUACCUCCAAAGGUGGAGAAUAGUAUUGGGCACUAUGUAGCAUACUGCCUUCGUGCUUCAAUUGUAUUUUUAGCUUUGAUUUCCACGAUUGAAAGUUUUGCAAGCAAUACCACUUGCAAAAGUGAUGAAGAGUAUUGUUAUGCCAGUAAAACAUGUUAUCAUAAAUCAUUAAUAUGUGAUGGGAAAAAAGAUUGUGUCGAUGGACUCGAUGAAAACAUGGAACUAUGCGAGAAAGAAAACAUAAAAUGUGAUACAAACCAAUUUCAUUGCGCUAGAGGCGCGUGUAUACCAUUAUCGGCAAAAUGCAAUAGGAAAUGGGAUUGUACUGAUGGUUCUGACGAAGCCGAUUGUGGAAUUGAACAUACAAAAAAAUGCACCAAUGAUUGGCAAGUCCUUUGUUUAUCUGGAGAAUGCAUCAGAAAAGAUCAAAUAUGUGACGGAGUAAAAGAUUGUAUGGAUAACUCUGAUGAAACAUACACAAUUUGCUCUAAUAUAAGAUGUCCUUCUCUUACGUUCCAAUGUAACUAUGGAGCAUGCGUUACUUUGGAAGCUGUAUGCAAUGGUGUACCGGAUUGUGUUGAUUUCUCCGAUGAGCUUUUACCACAGUGCAAAAAGAAACUGAAUGUAACCGAAAAAAUGAUUUGUGGGAACAACUAUUUCAAAUGUAACACUGGUUUGUGUAUCAAAAGUGAAAAAUUAUGUGAUGGCACCAGAGACUGUGAUGAUGGGUCUGAUGAAACAUAUCGCCAAUGUAAACAUUUCCAAUGUGGCUCACAGCGACGAUGCUAUUAUGGUGCCUGUGCUCGAGGACGUUGUGUUGACUGGAAAAUGCAUCGAAGGCGUAUUUUUACAGACCCAAUUCCACAGCCUCGUACUAAUAUAAGAACAAAAUUAUUUUCUAUAACUCGUCCAACUUCAGCAACCUCUGAUUCAUGUAUAUUUCCAAUGCAGCCAAAGAAUGGUGAAGCGAAGACGCAGGAUGAUAUAAUUCCACAACACUCUACUGUUGCACGACCCUGGACUGUUUUGGUUUUUUCUUGUAAUGAUGGCUACUCUCUGAAUACUGAAUCGCCAGUCCAAGUGUGUCUGAGAGGUGAUUGGACGUUACCGUAUCCACGAUGUCUAAAAAAUUGCGCUCCAUUAGCAUCUGAAAAUCAUGAAAUUGAAUGUAAAUAUAUGGGAAGAAUAAUUUCUUGUGACAAGGCUAUAGUAGGCACCAUCGCCAACAUAAAGUGCAAGGAGGCUUUUGAAGUUAAAAAUUUCGUUUAUCAACCGUACAAUGGAAUUGAAUGUCUUAAAAAUGGAAACUGGACAAAUGCUCUAUUUGAUUGUAAUCCAGAAUGUGGUACAAUAAUACCAAAAGCCAAAGCUUUAGUAGUUAACGGAUAUACAACAACAACAAAUGAAUUCCCUUGGCAUGUUGGAAUUUAUAGGCGAAAUUCUUUAGACGAUAAUAAUUAUGAACAAAUAUGUGGUGGAACAUUGAUAUCAGAAACGGUUAUUAUAUCUGCUGCACAUUGUUUCUGGAAUUUCAAUGAAAAUCGGCCAAGUAUAGAUUCUCAAAAAUAUGCCAUUGCCGCAGGCAAAUUUUAUCGAAAAUGGAACAGCUCAAAAGAUAAAUAUUGUCAGUAUGGUGGGCUCAAAAAAAUCGUGCUACCAAAAAGAUUUCGAGGAGAGCAAAAUGUUUUUUCAAAUGAUAUCGCAAUUUUAAUACUAAAUAUUUCUAUAAAAUUCACAUCAAGAAUACGACCAGUUUGUGUUGAUUGGAGUAAUCAAUUACAAAGUACUCUCUUAAAGCCGGGAGCGAUAGGUGCAGUAGCUGGUUGGGGCACUACAGAAGAAUUUGGCAAUGCAGCAGAAGAAUUACAGGCUAUUAGAAUGCCUUAUGUUGAUUAUGAUACAUGUGUUAGCAAGUUGCCGGAAGAAUUCAAGCCGUUUAUCACAAAUGAUAAAAUUUGUGCAGGCUACAAUAACGGCUCUAGCGUUUGUACUGGAGAUAGCGGAGGAGGUUUAGCAUUUAAAAAAAGCGAUCGAUAUUUCAUUGAAGGAAUUGUAAGUGUAGCUCCAGCAAAAGGUUCCACUUGUGAUUCGCAUAAAUACGUUGCUUUUACAAGUAUUUCAAAACAUUUGGGUCUUAUAACAAAAGUUGAAAGAGAAACUCACUAG